AACGUAUUAGGGUUUGCUCUUGUACCCUAAACUCCACACCGAAACCCGCCGCCGUCGCUCUCAAAGAAAGAUGAAGACGAUCUUGUCAUCCGAGACGAUGGACAUCCCCGAAGGCGUCGUGAUCAAGGUCCACGCCAAGGUGAUCGAAGUAGAAGGCCCACGCGGGAAACUCACUCGUGAUUUCAAGCAUCUCAACCUCGAUUUCCAGCUCAUCACAGACGCCGUCACCGGCAAGCGACAGCUCAAGAUCGAUUCUUGGUUCGGAUCUCGCAAAGCCAGUGCUUCCAUCAGAACCGCUCUGAGCCACGUCAGCAACCUCAUCGCCGGUGUCACUCAGGGUUUCCUUUACAAGAUGAGGUUUGUGUAUGCUCAUUUCCCCAUCAAUGCUUCCAUCUCCGGUGACAACAAGUCUAUUGAGAUCCGUAACUUCCUUGGGGAGAAGAAGGUCAGGAAGGUUGAUAUGUUGGAUGGUGUUACCAUUGUUCGGUCUGAGAAGGUUAAGGAUGAGAUUACUCUUGAGGGAAAUGAUAUCGAGCUUGUUUCACGCUCAUGCGCUUUGAUCAACCAGAAAUGCCAUGUGAAGAAGAAGGAUAUCAGAAAGUUUCUUGAUGGUAUUUACGUGAGCGAGAAGGGAAAGAUCGCUGUUGAAGAAUGAAGAGAGCAUGGUGUGGAAGAGUGAUAUAGUCGUAGCUUUCUGUUCACUUCUCAUAUGGGUUUGUAGUUUUGAUUUCUUUGGACCAAUUGAUAAUGCAAACUCAUUAUUAUCCUUUAUGUUUGGGUUUUUAUUUACCCUUUUCUAUUUAAAGUUUUUGAGACUA